GUCAUCGUGCGUAUCUAAAACAUCUUCAAAUCUAUCUUUGACCGUCGUACUCUCUCUCUCUCCCUUUUUAAUUUUCUCUCAUCAUCACCCUUCGCCUUUUCGCCGCUGUUGCAGACUCUGCUACGACCCAAAACCAAAACACACACAAAGAACAACAACAGCCACCACCACACACCACAAACAGAGAGAGAGAGAGAGAGAGAGAGAGAGAGAGAUUAAAAAUCCUUUUUUUCUUUUUUGCCCUUCUUUCCCUGUGACAGCCACUGAGAGAAGAAAACCAUCUCUAUAAAUAUAAAAUUUUCCCAUCAUUCAUUAGCAGCAGAAAGAGAAACACACACACACACACUUAUCUUCUUCUUCCUCUGAUUCCAUUCAUCAUUCAUUAUUAUUAAACCCUUUCAUAACUCUCUCUCUACAACUCUGAUCCGACGGCUGCGAUCUUCUCGUUUCUCUAAUCGUACGGCCAGGGGUCCUUUGUCUGCCUCUUCUUCUCAACUCUUUUUCUCUCUUCUCUCUCUCUCUCUCUCUACUUCGAGGGUAGCUUCUCUGGAACACUUAAUAUGGAGUCCAAUGGUCAUGGAAGAGUAAAGAGAAAUGAUGUUGUUAAAGAAAAUGGUAAUUCCCAUUUGUCAAAUAUGGAUGAUGAACAUGAUCCUUGGACAGCAUGGGCAUACAAGCCACGCACGAUCACAAUGUUACUUAUCGGUGCUUGCUUUCUUAUUUGGGCCAGUGGAGCACUUGAUCCAGAAAGAGAUGCAUCUGGUGAUCUUGUUACUUCAGUUAAAAGGGGUGUAUGGGCAAUGAUUGCUGUUUUUCUUGCUUAUUGCCUGCUGCAAGCUCCUUCUACGGUUCUUAUUAGGCCGCAUCCUGCAAUAUGGCGCUUGGUGCACGGGAUGGCUGUUGUUUACCUUGUUGCCCUCACAUUUUUGCUUUUUCAGAAGCGUGAUGAUGCUCGACAGUUUAUGAAGUUUCUUCAUCCUGAUCUUGGUGUUGAACUUCCAGAAAGAUCUUAUGGUGCUGAUUGUCGUAUAUAUCUGCCUGAAAACCCUGGAAGCAGGUUUAAGAAUGUUUAUGAGACACUUUUUGAUGAAUUUGUUCUAGCUCAUAUUAUUGGAUGGUGGGGGAAGGCGAUAUUGAUUCGUAACCAGCCCCUUCUUUGGGUGUUAUCAAUUGGUUUUGAGCUCGUAGAGUUUACUUUUCGUCACAUGUUGCCAAAUUUCAACGAGUGCUGGUGGGACAGUAUUAUUCUUGACAUCUUGAUAUGCAAUUGGUUCGGAAUUUGGGCUGGAAUGCAUACUGUAAGAUACUUUGAUGGGAAAACAUAUAAAUGGGUUGGUCUAAGCCGCCAGCCUAAUAUAAUAGGAAAAGUGAAACGAACGUUAGGCCAAUUCACACCGGCUCAGUGGGACAAAGAUGAGUGGCAUCCACUGCUUGGACCUUGGCGUUUUAUUCAAGUGCUUAGUCUUUGUAUCGUAUUUUUGACUGUAGAGCUCAACACAUUCUUUUUGAAGUUUUGUCUCUGGAUACCUCCUCGAAAUUCAGUUGUUAUAUAUAGGUUGAUUUUGUGGUGGCUACUUGCAAUUCCAACAAUUCGUGAGUACAAUUCGUACCUUCAAGACAGAAAGCCAGUGAAGAAGGUUGGAGCAUAUUGUUGGCUCUCUCUUGCCAUUUGCAUUGUAGAACUUCUGAUAUGCAUUAAGUUUGGACACGGCUUGUAUCCUAAACCAAUGCCUUUAUGGCUGGUAAUAUUCUGGUCAUGUGUUGGAGUGGCCAUUGUUACAUUUUUGCUAUUGUGGUCUUGGCAACUCCAUCGAAGUCUAGGGAAAAAGAGGCGAUAAUUUUACUAUUGCAGCAGUGAAUUAUUCUUUGAUUCCUUCCUGAUUUUUAUGGGUAUCCCCCCAUCCAUAGCCAUACAUGGUGUAAAUACUAUCUAUCAUCCUCAUAAUUAAUUGUAAAUGUCUAAAUGAUUAUUCUCCUAGCUUAGUGUAGUGGUUCACAGUUUCUUUGGGCGGCAGGUAUUAGUUUCAGCUGGUAGAGAGGUGUACUUAUUAUUUAUGAGGCUUUUGAAUAGGUUUCCACCAUUAGUAAAUUGGCCAUUUAAUUUAUAUUCGCCUCGGAAUGAAUCAUUCUUAAACGUGUAUCCUGUUAUUUCAAUCAAAUUUUGAAUGAAGAAUGCUUUUGCUU